AUGGACGAGGGUAUGUCAGGCUUUUGUAUUAGAUCUGGAAGUGUCCGUGAUAAAAGUGGCAGCACUGGCACUAAGUGUGGGCGUUGGAAUCCCACCACUGAACAGGUUAAACUUCUUACUGAACUCUUCAGGUCUGGGCUCCGUACACCAAGCACUGAUCAGAUUCAAAAAAUCUCUACUCAGCUUAGCUUUUAUGGUAAGAUAGAGAGCAAGAAUGUGUUCUAUUGGUUUCAGAACCAUAAGGCUAGGGAAAGACAGAAGCGUCGUAAGGUUUCCUUUGAUAAGAAGGAUGUUAUUCGUAGAGAAAACUCUAUCAAUGCUUCCACACAAAGUCUUGCUGAGAUGUAUCAAGUUUCAGAGCCUGAUAAGGUGAUUGAGACUCUUCAACUGUUCCCCCUGAACUCCUAUGGUGAAUCAGAAUCAGAGAACCUGAGAAUGCAUGCAAAUGAAAAAUGGGAUAAUAUGAUGUUUUCAUACACAAUGGGAGAACAAAUGGAGCAUCCGCCAUUAGACCUGCGCUUGAGCUUUCUGUAA